ACGAGGGAGCACCCGUCCGGCCACAAAAAGCUUUCUCGAAGCACCAGCAAGCCAUGUCGCUGUUCGACGCGCUUCUGAUCGUUCUUUUUUUGGAAGCAACGGCGUUGGGACUACACGUCACAGCUCGAGCAGCGCCUGCAGAUGCUCCCAGAGUCCACCCGUUCGCGUUCUCGAAGGAUCACCAAAGGGGACGGACCGUAGCGGUCACGUGCAUUGUGGACCACGGCACUCCGCCGUUCAGCUUCGCCUGGUCGAAAGACGGGCGUCCCCUGCCAGAAGCUGGAGGGAGCGAGAAGCCCGUGUCGAAGAUGAUCACGGAGUCCGUGUCCGUCUUGACGGUGCCCAACGUCGACGCCGAAGACGUCGGGAACUACACCUGCCGCGCCAGCAACGCCGCCGGCAGCGACGGCUUCACGGCGGAGCUCGUAGUCUCCGGUGGGUGUUGAUGUUGUUGUUGCUUCUCGGUGAGCGUUUUGUAUAUUCGUCUAAAUGGUCAAAAAACGUUCGCGUAGUACUUG